AAGCCGUCUGUUCCCUGACCUAAAUAUUUGUAAAUAAACUGUAGUGGAGAUUUCAUACCUCUCAAACUCUAUUAAUUUAGCCGCAACAUUAUACCAAGAAUAUAUAACUAGAACUUCUAUCCUCAAAAUCCAGGUCACGGAUUCCUCCUCCCUGCGCCCGUUAUUGUUCCUGUCUGAUAGGCAACUUUGGACUUCAAAUGGAUUCAGCAAGAGAACAUUCUUAAGCAAAAGAAAGGAUAAUUUAUAGGCUGAUUAGGGACAUUUGACUAUUUUCAUAAUUUCUUUGUGGUCCUUUCUGCUCAACUAAGAAUGCCCCCUUUAAAAAGCCCACCGUUUUCUUUACCUGCUGUGCAGCUACAGCAGAACCUAAACACGCAAGGUCAGCAUUAAACACGAGGAAGUUCAGAAUAGCAUCAGUUCCAUAAAGGUGAAGAUAUGUCAAUUAUGAGCUUCUUUACUUUGUUAGCCCCUAGAAUGUCUGAAAUAUUUUACAGUCAGCGUUGAAGACAAUAGUAAGCAUUUUUACGGUAUUGCUUUCUUUAAAUACCUCAAUGUGUGCAGAGGGGAAGUAUGUUUUCUUGCUGUUUAUGAAGUGAUUCUGCUGAACGUGUUGAAGACGGCUGAUGAGUUCAUGUUUAUUCUCGAGCUGUGGCGUGAGCAUGCGAGUUGGUGGACUAAGUGAAUGGUUUACACACUGCGAGCUGCCCACAGCGUCUCUAUUCGCACGCACACGGUUCCGAGCAUUAUCCAAGAAAUCAACCAACGUUCUUGUUUUGAAGACGUUGUUUUUUUCUUUCAUUAUGUGACCCCAGGCAAACAUCAGAUCCAUUGAUGUUGACGCUGGGUGUGCAGGGACUAAUGUUGUGAUACAGUUGCUAUUUAAAGGGAAGUGUACUCAUUGAGACUUUAACAGCUAAGGAAUAUAAUCUGUCGCAUCAUACAAUGGGUUUUAGAGUUGGAAUAUCUUUCCUAGAAUAACAUUUCUCUAUCUCUGAGCUUAAGAGCUGUUGGAUCCUCUCCUCCACCCUGCCACGCUCCACCAGCUGCUUUGUGUUUUCCGCCUGCAGUGUGGAUCUCGCUCCACAGCCAUGUGUCUCCUUUGAGUAGAGUCUGAGACCCGGACACCGUAUUAAAGACACACGUUUCAGGGGAGCACAGGGGAGAAAAUGAACCUCCACCCUACAUUUUUAGAUGGUUUUUAACUGCUGCUAAAAACGUGACUUCCUCCUGCGAUUGUUUUGCCUGUAAACGCUGACGGCAGCGCGCCGGAGCUGCCAGUCGAGGAGGAAGAGGUUUGUUUAUUUGGUUUGAGCCGUGCGCUGUGGCCGGCGUAGUCACGGAGCGCGAGCAUGAUGUUCCUCCCGGUCAUGAAAAAUAAUCCAAAACACGCUUUGGUGUUCGCUUGGGUUUUUUCACACGCACGAGAUGCUUUUCUGCACAUCAGGCCAGUUUGUUGUGACAAGUCAGCUGGGGCGACGUUAGCGGUCUCUAUCGGGAUGUUUCCACAUGCAGGACGCGGCGGUGUUUUGAUUCCCUUCCUCCGUCACGGUAGCUGUCCAUCUGCUGUUCUCUCCGUGUUUACGCCGCUGAGUGGAGGGGGGCCGCCGGGGAACACACUGUUCCAACGGCUACACCUCCUGCAUUUCAAUUAUCCGGCCUCACGCCUUCCACCGAAGGUGUGAGCGCGAUUAUCUUAUUUCAUAUCAGACGUAAAGGCUGAUACUAAUUUCGAACUUCCAAUCGCAUUAAUAGAAAAUACAGGAUUUAAAGCUGUAAUGAUGAAUAUUUUGUGAUAAUGCGAAAGCAAAAGGCCUCCCUGGAAGCAGAUGACACUUUAUAGUGAUUAUCGGAGAACUGACACCCAGCUACGCAGCUUCAUGGAGCUUUUGUAAACCUCUUUAAGCCCUUUUUGUUCCACCUUUUUUUUUGUCUCUCUUGUUACGCUGUUGAUGCAACAAUAUCUGACAAAAGUCAGAUGAGCCUACUGUACUUUGAAAAUCAGAAGAUAGCUAGUGGACACUUGAAUAUCUACCAAGUUGAAGGCCCCAAUAUUUAGAUUUAAUGUGUUGCUCUCCUUGUGUGCAGGACCGGCCUGCAUCAAGGUAGGGAAUGUAAACUGAGAGAAGAGAGCGUGUUUUCCCGCAUUUGCGAAUAUAUUGACGCGUGUCCUGGCCAGUGUGCAUGUAAGUGCUCAAAUAUGUGUGUUUGCCUACCUCCAUGCAUGUGAGUGCCGGGGUUAGAGCCCUCCAUUAGGCUGUGUUUACAGUGCGGCGCGCCGGAGUCGCUGCCCGGCGCUCGCCGCGGCCUGGGAUCAUCAAUCUGAAAGACUUCCGAAAGCUCCCACCUGUGAUCGCUGCCGCCUGCCAGAGGGACCUAACGCAGGACUUCUGGGAUCUUACGCUCCCCUGUUGUUGUAGCAGAGGGGGCAGCGUUCCUCAGAUUCCUGACGUCUGAGGUGCUUGUGAUUUCCCGUCUUUUGGUCACUGUCCUGUUGUUUUGGACUGAGAGUAGAGCUUAAAGGGGAAUGUUGGGAAAUCAGAGCUGCUAUAAACCUAGAUUAUUUUCUUCAGGCAUGUGAAAGAGUAACUUUGUUUUCAGAAUCCUUGAACACACAUGAACGUGCCGUAUUGAACAGAUUUCUCAGGACGGUGGUGAGAGGGGGAUGGUGCCUCUUCCACUGUGCACUGGGUGGAUGAGUAAGAAUAAACUCUGCCGAAGGUUUGAAUUGAACAAUCAUCUUACCUCAGGAUCCCAUUAAAAUACUACACGGUUAUGAUAAAAAUGUUUGAUUGAUGUCUCAUCAGAAAAUCAAUAUGUGUCAACAUUUUUGAAAUCAUGAAAUAGAUAAAACAAGUAUAUAAAACAGUAAUAAUAAACAGUAACAGGUUGUCAGGUAUUAAGACCUGUAAUUUUAUCAUUACACUCUCACAAAAACAAUGCUGGUAUAACGUUUACCAUAAAAUUACAUCAAAAAGUACAUCUGAGGGCGAAGGAAACAGGUCUGGUCAGAGGGCCAAAGGUAAGAAUAAGACCAAUUCAUAUUUCGACCAGAGAAAGGCUGCCAAUAAAAAAGGAUAAACGAUAUUGGUAAAACGCAUCCUGAGGGGAAUGGCCAAUCGAAUGGAAAGUCCCCCAGGAAAUCAUGUGAUAUAAGGCUGUAUUUUUCAAUAGGAAAACGUCAAUCUGCUGAUGGCGCGACGAAGGCAGUGAGCUGAAUCCUUCAGGGUGGCCAUGACUGUCUAUAGUCCUUGAAGCGUUUCAGUGAGGACCAGAAUAUCUCCAGAGCCACGCUGCUUUGGCUGACAAACAACAACUCAAUUUUACCGUAGCCGAAAAUAACUGUUGGAUCUGGCUGUGCCGACCUCCACCAAACCUGCACAUGGACGUCUUUGUGAAAGUAGGUUGCAGUGUCCCUCAUGGUGGAACUUUUGCCUCAGCUAGAACGGCAAAGAGAGUUUGCUAUUUUUAUGAUGGUGCAGAGCGGCGGCGUAAUUGUCCCUCUGCUCCCUGGAGAGCUUUCAGGGAGACGAACGCUUCAGAAAAGUUACGUUUCCACGUCAAAGCCGGUGUAGCAUUAGAGUACAUUAGAACACAGUUGACUAGCGUUAGCACGUCUAUGCUACGCUAGCUGCUGAAAGUAUACUGUAAUGUAAUGUAAUGUAAAUACAGAACCAGUCAAAAGUUCGGACCUUCUUUCUCAUUCAAUUGAGUGAAAAAGUGUGUCCCAACCUUUGAGUGUUACUGUACAUGGCAGUUUUUGCUUUAUUGACUGUAAUGGAUGUGACCGCGAACAAAAAUGUACAAACUGACUUUACAGGACAAAGGACAAUAUUGUACCUCAGAUUCAUUUCUAUUUUUAUUUAAAUAAAAGGAAUUAUUUAUUUAUUUAUUGAAAAGUUACAUUACUGCUUACUUUUAAACUGUGAUCUUUAGGCGUUGAUUCAGUUCUAUCAGUUUUAUAUCCCUCAAUGUCCACUGUUCUCUGCCUGAAGGAGAAACAACGGGGGGCGGGGCUUAGUGUCACUUAACUUUUCCUGUGCAGAGUGUCGUAGACACAGUUCACCAUAGUUGGUUCAAUUCAAUUCAAUUUAUUUAGUAUAGCUUAAAACCCCAAAUCUGCCUCAGAGUGCUUCACAAUCUGUACAAUCUGGACACUCACAUCUAGACACUCACACCUGGACAGUGUGUCGAAGCGGAACAAUUUUGCUUUCUUUUUCUUACCGAGCUGCACGAGAGACAGUGAGCAGAGGGGCUCAGGUUUAAUUUGAACACAUUCAUUUGCCCUUUUUUCAUUACGCCCCUCACACACGAUGCCGGAUGUCUGUCAGUAUUUCAGGGGCCUAGGAAGACAUUUUUUUCUCUUAGCGCCACUGUUAUUCUGCUUGUUUCAGUGUUUGCAAGUGUGCUUUGUUAUUGAUUAAGGGGACAGGAAUGUCACACAACAUACGUUAGCCAGUUGCCAGGUUCAGCGUGUGAAUAUUAUCAUCCGCAUCACAUCCUCAGCCUCUCUGCAAACAGACAGCAAAAGCAGAGUGACUUCCUCCCGACACAGUUUUGAGUAAUAUGAAAAUGAAGCAGCAGACUUGACUGUUGAGUGUCUGUCUAUGUGGCAGAAGAGAAAGACCUCACCAGGGAUGAGAAGAGAAACCAAAAGGAAGAUAAAGGUCUCUGGGUAGAGCUUGUUUAGCCGCAGAGCCAGCCGAGGUCCGUCUGAGCAGCGCGGCUCUCUGAUUGGUGGCGCGCGAUGCAGCUCUCUCCCCUCCCCCCCUCAAGAAAGAGGUGCAGCAGGAACGUCAGACCCACACGGAGCCAGACUCAGCCACUGAAGCAGCGUCUCCUCAGAUGCAGUGCACACAGCGUUUAGGGGCCGACUAGACGACUGCUCGCGGACUCGCUCUCCUUAUCGCUGCGCGUGGCACUUCAUCCACCAGACUAGAUCUUGAGUUUGAUUUUCAAGCCUUUUUGCAAACCGGUCGGCCCAGAGGAGGCAAAGCUGACGUCUAGGGCAUUCAGUCCGAUUCGCCGCAUUGACAAGGACGGACGCCGGUCGCCAUGGGCAGGCAGGGGCACGAUACCUCUGCUGCGGUCCCCGGGAUGCGUAUCCAGCGCUCCCAGAGCAAGAUGAGCCUCUCUGCAUCGUUCGAAGCGCUGGCCGUGUAUUUCCCCUGCAUGAACUCCUUCGAUGAGGAGGAUGGAGAAACGGGAGGAAAGAAGUUGCGCAAGGAAAUCCAUAGGAGCACGGAGACGGGGCUGGCGAUGGAGAUGAGGAGCAGGAUGACCCGGCAGGCCAGCCGGGAGUACACGGACGGCAGCAUGAACAGCUACAGCUCCGAGGGAAAUCUCAUCUUCCCUGGGGUCAGGCUCUCCUCAGAAGCCCAGUUCAGCGACUUCCUGGAUGGUCUUGGUCCCGCUCAGCUGGUGGGCCGACAGACGCUGGCUACCCCACCCAUGGGAGACAUCCAGAUCGGUAUGGUGGACAAGAAAGGAGCACUGGAGGUGGAGAUCAUCCGAGCCCGUGGCCUUGUGGGGAAACCAGGUUCCAAGGCACUGCCAGCACCGUAUGUUAAGGUCUACCUUUUGGAGAACGGGGUCUGCAUAGCCAAAAAGAAGACAAAAGUAGCAAGAAAAACCUUGGACCCCCUUUACCAGCAGCAACUGCCGUUCGAGGAGAGUCCAGGAGGGAAGGUUUUACAGGUUAUCGUUUGGGGCGACUAUGGACGCAUGGACCAUAAAUCCUUCAUGGGAGCAGUUCAGAUACUGUUAGAUGAGUUGGACCUGUCCAACAUGGUGAUUGGCUGGUUUAAGCUCUUUCCUCCUUCCUCACUGGUGGACCCUACUCUGGCCCCACUGACAAGAAGAGCUUCCCAAUCGUCGCUGGACAGUUUCUCUCGAUCAUAGCAGCGCGUGGACUGAUAGCGUUGUUGUAGCAGCCAGUGUUGCGACUACGGGUCACGCCCCCCCCGGUUACACUGCAUGCUUGAUGUUGUGUCUUCUGAGCCUGUUUCUAGGGGUGCGAAACGUGACCCUGUGUUUUGAGCAAAAACGUUGCGCACAUUGUGCACGUGGCGAGGAGCGUCGCGAGCGCCCGGCGGCCCGGGUGUUGUUUGGAGGAAGCUGGAAUGAACUCCUUAGCACGAGGAACCCAUCAGUUCCAGGUUUUCAUCCAAUUCGAAGCCAUGGGGUUCAGUACUGGGGAACCGCUAAACGAGUUCUACGGAAGCCCUUUUCGAAUGAGAAAUGUAUGUUUCUUUUUUCUUUUCUUUUAGUCCUUUUUCUGUUGUUGUUUUUUCUGUUUUUUUUUUUUUUUUAGAGUCAAAUGUUCUUGUAUCUGAAGGGGGUGACGGUGUUUCUAACCAGAUGCUUGGUCACGCCACGCCAACCGACCUCGCUAAGCUGAUGGAGUUUUGGAGAGCAUCCCUUUGGGUGAGAUGUGUCCCAGCUUGUGUCCACACUCCCCCACAGCCCAAAAGAAUUACCCGGCAUACUCCAGGUUUAUGUACUGAAUCAAACCGUACUGGAGAAUCACCAGAAAGUUAAUCCGAGGCAAUGUUCAAGUGGUGACCACCAACACUCCAGAAUGUGCUGUAACGAUCCAAACCCCAUUAAAAGAUGUAAAAUCUACCAUCAUUCUUUCUCUGUUGAUAUAUUGUAUGAAAAUUAAAUGAGAAAAAAUAUUUUUUUCCCUUUUUAGUUCCUUUGCAUGGACACAAAUUUAGCUGAAUUUAAAAAAAAUGAAAGAAAAUUAUUUUCUUGAGGCUGCAACUUGCAUAGAAGAUGAAAAAUAAAACAGAUCAGCCAUUUUCAACGAUUUAUAUUAUUUUUAAAGAUAAAUUUCACUAGUGCAUGGUUUUCAAGGGGAGUGAAUGCAACAUUGUGAAUUAAAAAAAAGAAGACAUUGUUUAUCAUUCUUUAGACCAUUCAUGAGUCUGUGUUUUGCAGACACGCCGAUAAGGGAAACUUAAAGGAAACUUUGGAGCUAUAUAACAGAUGUUUAUGUGACAAAAAGUGAUAAUGAAAAUAAAUGUAAGUUAUUUAUUUCAUAGUAAAAGGCUAAUGCCUGAUAAAGAUAAACAUUAUGUGCAAAUUGUACAUGUUUCUCUUUUUCUUCCUUGUCCCAGGGUACUUCUUAUUGUACUAUCCAUCGCUACCAUUGUUCAGUCCCCUGAUAUUGUCCAGAUUUUAGGACUGUUGGUUAUUUUACAGUUCUGUAUUCUUUCAGUAUGUAUUUUAUUUGGGAUUUGAUUUGUUUAACAAGCAUGUUGAAAAGGAUUUUCUGCAACAUGGCUUGGGCACACCUUACAGUAACAGCAUGUUUUGAUAAAGAUGAUAUUUGGAAUUUUUGCAGUUUCUUGUACAGUGCAUGUCAACUUCAUUACUUUUGUCCCUCACCUUAAAUUGAACUCUACGAAAAAUUAGUUCUUGGUCUCCCGUGGCCGAUUAUUGGAGUUUUAACAAAAACAUUCCACCCCUAUGGUCGUAUUUUUUUUCAGGUUUUUGAGGAAAAAAAAGUGACAAGGAAAAUAUUUUAUAUUCGAUGGAGGUUGACGAAACAGUUGUGAUUGCAAGUGUAUUUUGUUUCAGUAUUGUUGACGAACAUGCAAAAAUAGUCUCUAUUGGUACAGCAAGAGGUCUCCACCUAAUCAAGAGGUAGCAAACGUGCAAGAGAGGUAUGUUGCUGUGGUGGUUUUACAGGCACUGUUUGUGAAAAUGAGCGAAUCACCAGUUCAAAUAACAAGGGAUAUUGCCACAGAAAAUGUUUUUUCUUGUUUUAAUGAAAAUGAAAUUAAUUUAUUUUUGUUAGUUUUAUUUAAAAGCCAAGACCAGUUUAUUUUUUAUUUUCUAUUUUUAGUAAUUAUGAAAUACUUCUCAUGUCUGGGAAGUACACAAAUCUUAUAGUUGCAGUAUGUCUGAAUGAAAUUGAACUGAGGCAUUAUUCCUUUUCCAUUUGACGAUAGUGCGUUUUAUUGUUGGAAAAAAACUCGUCUCAAGCUGUCACGCGCUAUAAUAUAUAUUUUCAUUUUCAUUUUCGUUGUACAUACCUUUACAUGUCAGAAUUGGAAUAAACAAGUUACCAUGAAGAUCGAUAGACUCGUUUGGAACAGGAAAAAUGCCUCACAUGAUGACAAAGACAUAUGUUAUUUAUCCUUUUGAAUGCCUUUUCAUUUUCUCUUUUUGGUGCAAUGUGUUAAUGCCAAGGCUAUGUCUUGGUUAAGUAUGGUUGAGUACAGAGAUUUAUGUAAGUUAUUUUUCAAAUUAAAAAUAAAAAAAAUUGAUAUUACACUGAU